CUCGCACCAUAUUUUCUCUGCUCUGCACUUCUCAAUUCAGCUCACCUCUCUCUCUCUCUCUGCUCUCUCUGAAGACUCACUUAGAUGGCAGCGGACCAAGUGAUUGCAACAACUGUUGAAGAAUCCCCCGAGCCCUUGAGAUAUCAGACAUCGCUACUGAAAGUAUCCAUUCAUUGUCAAGGUUGCAAGAAAAAAGUCAAGAAAAUUCUUCAAAGCAUUGAUGGUGUUUAUCAGAUAGCAAUUGAUUCACAACAACACAAAGUAACAGUAACAGGAGAUGUUGAUUCGGAAAAAUUGAUCAAAACGCUAAUUAGAGCUGGAAAACUUGCGGAACUCUGGCCUCAACCAAUAGAAUCAGAGGAACAACAGAGGAAAGGGAAGAACAAGAACGACAACAACAACCCAAAUGCCGCUGAUGAUAAUCUAGGAGAAGAGGGCGAGAAAAAACCAGAGAAUCAAUCAACUCUAAAUGAAAAGCAAGGCAAUGUUGGUGGUGGCGGCGGUGGUGGUGGCGGAGGUAAAAAGAAAAGAAAGAAAAAAGGGAAAAAUGCGGCCAACGGUAAUAACAGCAGUACUGCUGGUGCGGUUGCAAUUUCUGUUAAUACAUCAGGAAAUACUGAAUCACAGUCAUUACCUGUUAAUGGAGGUGAUACUUCUGUUGGGCCAGUUAAUCUAAGCCCCCCACCAGCUCAACAUUCGUACCCUUACGGAGCUUCAUCCUAUGGUCAUCAUCAACCUUUAUACGGUCCUCCUGCAUAUGUUAUGAGUUACCGUAAUUCGUAUCCAACUGUUAACUACGGUGCAUCGUAUUAUACUCCACCAGAAGCGUACACGUAUAGUAAGUGUGUACAAUCGGGAGCUACAGGGGGAUUUUUUGAAGCAUCUCCAUUGAUGGAUUCUAUUGAGACGAUUUAUGAUGAAAAUGAUCGGAACGCGAGUGGAUGUUGGAUUAUGUAAUGAAGGUGGUAACGAUGCUGCAAUUUGGGGUUCCCCUCCCCUGGGAAUGGAUAAGUGUAAUGGCAACUGCAAGAUGAAACUUAGCUUAUAUAAAGACAACUCUUUUUAUUGAUGUU